CGUCCGGAGGUAACCAGAAUCCAACGGCACCGAGGCGCGAUCAACCCGAGCUUGGAUGAAACGUUAAGGGGAAGGACGCAAACGGCAGUGGUAGCCAAAGAAAAGCACUGACACUAUUUGGAAUCGGGAGAGAGCGAGGUAGCGAGAUCGCAGUCAACGGGGUCGCGUUGGAUAAGCUUAUUCUGUCAGUUGAACAGAUGUUGGGUUAUUUGAGUAGCACGCAGACUGGCCAUGUGAAUAGUAGCCUAUUGCAAAAUGAACCUGGACAGACAACAGAAAGAAGGCGUUGCAGUGGUGUUCGUGUGUUUAUACACACCGAUAAUAGAGAAGUUCUCAACAUCGAACAUCUGGAUUUAUGAAGCGAAUACACCUGUCCUGUAUAGGAGCGUGAACGCCUUUUACAUGAAAACCGUUCAGGUGAAAUGGUGAAGGAUCUCAGGAUACAUUUGGAAUCAUCUUUGGACACCCUUCAAAAGGAAACAUACGCUUUUACUCAUUUAUAUAUGCCAUUGAUUUAUAUCCAGAAUUCUGAUUCAAUUGUCUAAAACAAGACUACAUUUAACAAAUAGAAUAGGCUAUAAAUGGUAUCAUUAUUAGUAGUAGGACUGGACUUUGCAAGACAAGGAAUUUACUCAAUCGACUGUCUCGCUAGGUGACUCACUGUGAGAAAUAGACUCGCCAGCUGGAACCAAUAACCAACUCUACAAAGUGACACAUUUGGAUACUUGCCGGUGCUCUACAGUAGCCUACGUGCAUGUGUGUGUCUUUACCGAGUGGGGAUACACCGACCGGACUACGGUAACGCGAGCUGUCCACGAGCGGGCGGCCGUCCCCGCGCGCCUGCAUAAUAAAUGCCCAUCAGCCGGUCGUGCGAGGCUCUCGAGGCUGGGCGGCAAGAUGAAUUCGUGGGUCCUGCUGCUGGCGGCGCUCGCCGCGGGGUGUCUGCGGUUUGGAAGCGCUGAGGGAGAUCCUCUCCCACCAUCGUUAGUAGAGCUGGUGAGAACCAGUCCCAUCUCUUCUAUAGAGGACCUGCAACAGCUGCUGGAGCAAGAGACUGACUCCCAGGAGGUGGAGCCAGAUGAACCAUCGGCCAAUGAGAUUCAUUCAAAUGACACCCGUGGAAGAUACAGGAGAAACCUAGUAGAUGCCCAGCCAGCCCAGCAGGCGGUGUGUAAGGUCAGGACAGAGGUCAUGGAGGUCACCAGAGCCAUGCUUGACCGACGCAACGCCAACUUCCUGUUGUGGCCGCCGUGUGUGGAGGUGCAGCGCUGCUCUGGCUGCUGUAACACCCGAAUGCUACAGUGCGUCCCCACGGUUACUCAGACACGAUAUCUACAGGUAACAAGGAUCCAGUACAUCGAUAAGAGACCCCACUACGACAAGGCGGUGAUCUCAGUGGAAGACCACACCUCCUGCCGCUGCCAGACACACCCCUCGGCCACAGCUGCAGCCAGGUCCACCUCUCUCCCCCCUCCUCCCCCCCGACUCACACCCAAACCCCCCUCCCUCUCCAAGGAAGACCUCCAUCGCCAUGACAAUAUGAAGGCCAAUCAGAGGUUCCAUGUGGAUGACAGGGGGCAGCUGGAGAGACAGUGGCAGGACAAGUACAGCCUGUCACACACACAGCCACGGACACACACACAGACACACCCAAUAGCAGGGGCAGGGACGCAGGUAGGGACACACACACAGCCACACACACACACACAGACACACCCAAUAGCAGGGUCAGGGACGCAGGUAGGGACACACACACAGCCACACACACACACACAGACACACCCAAUGGCAGGGUCAGGGACGCAGGUAGGGACACACACAGACACACACACACAGAUGGGUCCCUCUCAUGAGCUCCCUAUAGGGCAUGGCAGUGGGUAUGAGGGGGGGAGAGGGGAGGAGAGAGGGUCACAAACACCUCACCGCACACACACUGACACACAGCCCAACACAGGAGAGAGGCAACACAUUGACAACACAGAGAGAACACAGGAGAUAGGAAGACAGCAACAACUACAACAGUACUACCAACAACAACAAUAUCUACAACAACAGCGACAAUAUCAACAACAACAACAACAGCAACAUCAACAACAUCAACAACAACAGUACCAACCAUACAGCCAAGAGCCAGAGCUCAGGACUCAAUACAAACACAACGCUCCCCAAUCCGACAGCAGCGGACCACCUGACACAAAACAACCGGCCAAUCACAAACCAGAACUGGUCCACAGCAACACAGAACCGACCGAUGAUAAUGACUCAAGCACAGAGGUGGCCAAUAGAGACGCUCUAAAGGAUACAGAGGUCACCAGACAGGCAGCGACAGAAGUGACCAAUCACAGAAAGGAGGACGAUAAAGAGCGACACAGCCAGACAGAGCUGUCCAAUCAGGAACAAAGACACUCAGAGUCGACCAAUCAGGGUGACUCUGUCACAGAGGAGGAGAGCAGGAAGAAACUUCUAGAACUCUUACAGAGAGAACUGGGCCAGAAACAACAGCAUCAUCCUCCUCAUCCUCAUCUUCCUCAUCAAGACCAUCAUCAUCCUCACCAUCGUCAGUCUCGAACACAAACCACCACCACACAAAGACCAGUGCCCCCCACGUUGUCCUCCAGCAGGGCCCCAGGGUGGUCCCCCAGCACCCCGUCCCCUCCCCCCAAGCCCCCGCAGGGCCCGUUCAGACCGGCACUUCCCCGCGGACGCAGGAGGAGGAAACACCGGAGCCGCAUCAGCAAGGCUGCCCUCCGAACCAUGAUCAUGUAGAGAGAGAUGGCAACUGGGUCGACUGUGUUUGCCGGGCCCACCCAGGGUCGUGUUCAUUAGGCACCAAACGGAAGAAAACGGACUGAAACAGGGACAACAUGGAAUAAACCCUCAUUUCUUGUUUUAUAAAACGUUUUGUGCCCUAAUGAAUACUGAGGGAUACUGCCUGGCAAUGGAACCUCAGGAUGGACACUGGAGACUGGCCAGCACUUCUGGACUCUACUGCUGGUUAUGGAACCUCAAGAUGGACACUGGAGACUGGGCAGCACUUCUGGACUCUACUGCUGGUUAUGGAACCUCAAGAUGGACACUGGAGACUGGGCAGCACUUCUGGACUCUACUGCUGGUUAUGGAACCUCAAGAUGGACACUGGAGACUGGGCAGUACUUCUGAUCUCUACUGCUGGCUAUGCUAACAGACAUUACUGCAGGCUGUGUCAAUCUUUGCACCCCAGAAUGUAGCAUGUAGCAUCUUUCUAUAAAAAAUCUGCUAGCUUUAUUUAAACCGCGAUAUCAAGACAAUGGACAAUCUCAGACAGAGACUCCUUAGAAAGGAGGUAGUUCUGGAUGUUUAACACUGGAAGGAGAGUGAUGUAACCUUUGAAAAAGGAGCCAAGCAAACUACAUCUCCCAUCAGCCAUAGGCUUGUAUAAUUCUAGCCCCGCCUACUUUGAACACUGGCUACUGAUUGGACAGUUAAGGAGGGUGUUCGGCGGAUAUUAUUAGAUUGCUUGCUGCAACAGCCAUUGAUUGGUUGAUUUAGAUGCCAUGGAACACGCCCCUCUCUACAGCUUGACUAUGAUUGGUUGCUAAGAAUAGAACUGAAAUCUUAUUGGCCCAAAAUGGUGCUUGAGGCCAUCUAUUUCUAAGAGACAAUGCAAAGCUUGGAUGUGGAUAUUUCACUGGAAUGUACUGGGUUGACAACGGAAACUGUUCUCAGAUAAACAAUGUUAUCCUACUGGUGUAACUGGGAUAACUGUCCUGGGAAUAUGACUGGUGUAACUGGGAUAACUGUCCUGGGAAUAUGACUGGUGUCACUGGGGAUAACUGUCCUGGGAAUAUGACUGGUGUAACUGGGAUAACUGUCCUGGGAAUAUGACUGGUGUAACUGGGGAUAACUGUCCUGGGAAUAUGACUGGUGUCACUGGGGAUAACUGUCCUGGGAAUAUGACUGGUGUAACUGGGGAUAACUAUCCUGGGAAUAUGACUGGUGUCACUGGGGAUAACUGUCUUGGGAAUAUGACUGGUGUAACUGGGAUAACUGUCCUGGGAAUAUGACUGGUGUAACUGGGGAUAACUGUCCUGGGAAUAUGACUGGUGGAACUCAGAUAACUGUCCUGGGAAUAUGACUGGUGUAACUGGGGAUAACUGUCCUGGGAAUAUGACUGGUGGAACUGGGAUAACUGUCCUGGGAAUAUGACUGGUGUAACUGGGGAUAACUGUCCUGGGAAUAUGACUGGUGGAACUGGGAUAACUGUCCUGGGAAUAUGACUGGUGGAACUGGGGAUAACUGUCCUGGGAAUAUGACUGGUGUAACUGGGAUAACUGUCCUGGGAAUAUGACUGGUGUAACUGGGAUAACUGUCCUGGGAAUAUGACUGGUGUAACUGGGAUAACUGUCCUGGGAAUAUGACUGGUGUAACUGGGGAUAACUGUCCUGGGAAUAUGACUGGUGUAACUGGGAUAACUGUCCUGGGAAUAUGACUGGUGUAACUGGGAUAACUGUCCUGGGAAUAUGACUGGUGUCACUGGGGAUAACUGUCCAGGGAAUAUGACUGGUGUAACUGGGGAUAACUGUCCUGGGAAUAUGACUGGUGUAACUGGGGAUAACUGUCCUGGGAAUAUGACUGGUGUAACUGGGGAUAACUGUCCUGGGAAUAUGACUGGUGGAACUGGGGAUAACUGUCCUGGGAAUAUGACUGGUGGAACUGGGAUAACUGUCCUGGGAAUAUGACUGGUGUAACUGGGGAUAACUGUCCUGGGAAUAUGACUGGUGGAACUGGGAUAACUGUCCUGGGAAUAUGACUGGUGUAACUGGGGAUAACUGUCCUGGGAAUAUGACUGGUGGAACUGGGAUAACUGUCCUGGGAAUAUGACUGGUGUAACUGGGGAUAACUGUCCUGGGAAUAUGACUGGUGUAACUGGGAUAACUGUCCUGGGAAUAUGACUGGUGUAACUGGGAUAACUGUCCUGGGAAUAUGACUGGUGUAACUGGGAUAACUGUCCUGGGAAUAUGACUGGUGUAACUGGGAUAACUGUCCAGGGAAUAUGACUGGUGUAACUGGGGAUAACUGUCCUGGGAAUAUGACUGGUGUAACUGGGGAUAACUGUCCUGGGAAUAUGACUGUGUAACUGGGAUAACUGUCCUGGGAAUAUGACUGGUGUAACUGGGAUAACUGUCCUGGGAAUAUGACUGGUGUAACUGGGGAUAACAUGAGUAAAGGGGGAUAGAACAUAUGGAUAGUGAAGCACUGAAAGGAGAAGCUCGGUGUAGGGGGAAUGCGCCCUUAGACACGGAUCUUGGGUCAGUUUAGCAUUUUCCUUGCUAAUGGUUAAUGUUAGAUUUGGUGGAGGGGAAGCUGAUCUUAGAUCUGGAGCGAGAAGCUCAGGACAUCACACACACACACACACAGAGACAUGUCAUUUCUACUACUACAGUAUCUUUCGAUGUUCUGUCUACAUCUGGAUCUAACCAAUCCAAACACUGGAGUAGUUACACACUGGAGCGCAGAUAGAACUAGAAAACAUAGAGGGAGAAGUAGAGGGAGCGUAUAGAGAGCAUUUAAAUAGAACCGUUCUAGUUGUCCUAUAUCUAUUACAGAGAAAAGCAGGUAUAGAACUGGAAAACCUAGAUUGAAGGACAGCAUUUUUGCACUGGGAGAGCAGAGAAAGGAACAUAUGCCAAAAGUCGCCAUAGUCACCAUAGCAGGAGGCCAUAGACUACUCAGAUGACAGACACUCAACACUCAACAUCCAACACCGACUCUAUACCUUAGAUGUUUCAACCUUUUCAACAUAGCCUGGAAUGUGUGGCGGAAAUAUUUCAAGGGAAUUGUUGCUCAGUAGGUCUUCAACGUCGCCUGGGGAGUUGUGUGUUUCAGCUGUAGGGAAGUCUGUUGUCUUUGUCUUGCCAAACACGGAAGCAACAAUGUAGCGUUGUUGACUGACUCAACAGUCAAACACCCAGGUUACAAUAAGGAACUGGAGAUUUUACUGUAUAUCAGGAGAAUUGAACUCUGACCCUAUGAGGUCCAGAGCCUGCUGCUUUUCUGUUCUCCCUGGUAAUGAAUUGCAGCCACCUUAGGUAUAAGUCAGUCCCUGGUUAGUGGGGAACAAUGAGAAAAAGCAGGGGGACUGGCUUUGAGGGUCCGGAUUUGAAUUUGAGGGCUGUAGGUCAUUCAUUGUGCCAUAGUGGUUAUGUCUCUCUCUUCCCCAUCCUGAGACUAGAGCAGGGCUGUCAGCAUCAGUUCCCUGGAAGGCUGUAGGUCAUUCAUUGUGCCAUAGUGGUUAUGUCUCUCUCUUCCCCAUCCUGAGACUAGAGCAGGGCUGUCAGCAUCAGUUCCAUGGAAGGCUGUAGGUCAUUCAUUAUGCCAUAGUGGUUAUGUCUCUCUCUUCCCCAUCCUGAGACUAGAGCAGGGCUGUCAGCAUCAGUUCAAUGGAAGGCUGUAGGUCAUUCAUUAUGCCAUAGUGGUUAUGUCUCUCUCUUCCCCAUCCUGAGACUAGAGCAGGGCUGUCAGCAUCAGUUCAAUGGAAGGCUGUAGGUCAUUCAUUAUGCCAUAGUGGUUACUUCUCUCUCUUCCCCAUCCUGAGACUAGAGCAGGGCUGUCAGCAUCAGUUCCGUGGAAGGCUGUAGGUCAUUCAUUAUGCCAUAGUGGUUAUGUCUCUCUCUUCCCCAUCCUGAGACUAGAGCAGGGCUGUCAGCAUCAGUUCAAUGGAAGGCUGUAGGUCAUUCAUUAUGCCAUAGUGGUUAUGUCUCUCUCUUCCCCAUCCUGAGACUAGAGCAGGGCUGUCAGCAUCAGUUCAAUGGAAGGCUGUAGGUCAUUCAUUAUGCCAUAGUGGUUAUGUCCCUCUCUCUUCCCCAUCCUGAGACUAGAGCAGGGCUGUCAGCAUCAGUUCAAUGGAAGGCUGUAGGUCUUCUGGUUUUUCUCAUGUUUCCUUUCAUUUGUGUCCAUUUAAGAUCUAGACAACCAGCUAAAGGGAAUUUCCUUACUGGUGACCUUAAUUAAUCAUUCAAGUAGAAGGGAGAACUGAAAACACGCAGCCACUCGGCCCUCCAGGAAUUGAGUUUGUCACCCCUGGACUACCCCAGGUAUCAGGCUAGAAAUAAGACUAGCUUAGGCAGUAUGUCUCAAUCCUGGUCCUAGCACUCUAGAACCAGGAUGGAGAACCACUGAGCUAAGGGAGUGGGGACAGCCAUCACCGAGGGAGGAAUAGAAUCUGGAAUGGGAUGCUUUGAAAAACAAUGUCAACCUUUUUGGAAUGGCUCUGAGAGAUAAAUGUUAUCCAACUGUAUGUACUGUACAUGAUUUAAACAUGGUGUUUUUUUUAUUUCUUAACUUAUUUCAGAUGGAGGAUGUGUCAUUCUCUGGUUCCUAAGUGUAAUUAUUGUUGCUGAUGAUAAUUAUUGUUGUUGUAUAUUGUUAUUGUUAAUGAAUGCUAUUUUUAAUAUAAACAUAAAGGCCAGAAUUA